GUUCCUGCCCUCGUGGGUGCCAAGGCGCCUGUCUCCGCAGCCGAGGUCCUUGCCUCUGCGGUUCCUCCUGCAUCAGCCAUUGUUUCUGUUCCUCCCAAUCUUGCUGAGCUACCUAAGGUUCCUGUUGGCUACAUAUCAGCUGUUAUUUCUAAGACUCCCGAGUUGCUUAGGCUACCUGAGAUCCCAGAUUCGAUUGCAGGCACCUAA